AAGACCUGUAGUACCGAUAAACACAGCCUCGUCGUUUGGCAUCGACGUUCCCGCGCUGGUCUCUUCCUAGUUUAUUUAUUCUCCUUGCAUGAAGUUAGAUUGUUCUUUGUCGGGAGGGCGUGAGUUUUCCACGAUAUUCGCGCGAAUAUUAACGUGACGAUGCCGAAAAGAAAGAAUCAAGCAUUAAUAGAUUCUGAAAGUAGUGGCAGCGCAUCGGAAAGUGGCUCGGAUUUGGAUAAUGAUCUACUGUCACUUGCCAAGAAGAAGAAAGGUAAAUCUCAAGAUGACUCCCAAUCCAAUGAAGACAACAAUGUCGCUAAGAAAGACGUCAGGCAUGAUUCUGAUACAUCAGAUUCUGACGAUGAUUGGGGAGCAAAAACUGGAAAGAGUAAAAAGAAAAAAGCACCGACUAAAAGAAGUAAACGAAAGAUGACAAAAUCUAGUAGCGAAGAUAGUGGAAGUGAAAAGGAAUCUGCAAAAGUUUCAGAACCAGAGGAAGGUGAAGUCUCAGAUUCUGAUGCAAGCGUUUCGGAUUCUAGUCAAGAGGAAUUUAAUGAUGGUUAUGAUGACAAAUUAAUGGGAGAUGCGGAAGAUCAAGCGAGACUAGCACAAAUGACUGAAAAAGAAAGAGAACAAGAAAUUUUUAAACGGAUAGAACAAAGAGAAAUCAUGAAAACUAGAUUUGAAAUAGAGAAAAAAUUGAGAAUGGCAAAGAAACAAGAACUCAAGAAGCAAAAGGAAUCAAAGAAGAAGGAAAAGGGUGUGGAAGAUAAAAAGAUAGAUAGAGCACCGGAUCCUAAGGAGAGAAGUAAAGAUCGUAAGAAGACAAUAGAGGAGAAACAAGAUAAAAAGUUUCAUGCAAUGUCUUUGCUGAAGGCAAGACGUGAAGAAAAGAAAGAAAGAGAGGAAAAAGAAAAGCAACGAAUAGAGCAGCAACAACAACAAUCAAAAGAUAUAGAAGAGGAGGAAUUAGAAGAUGAUCAUAAAGGAGGUGCGAAUAAGACGAAGUUGAAAGCUUCAGAUAUUUAUUCCGACGAUAGUGGUUCUUCGGACAGUGGAGAAGAGGAAACAAGUAAGCCAGCAUCACAUCAAAGGUCAUCUUCCAGCGAAAGUAGGGAUUCUGAUUCUGAUAAUGACAAAAAAUCUGUGACUAGUAACAAAGCUAAACCGAAAAAACCAUUAUACGUCAGUACUAAAGAAGAUUUGAACAAAAUCAGAUUAUCUCGCCAUAAAAUGGAAAGAUUUGUUCAUCUUCCAUUUUUCGAUCGAGUUGUACAAGGUUGCUUUGUUAGAAUUGGCAUUGGAAAUAAUAAUGGCAAGGCGGUUUAUAGAGUAGCAGAGAUCAGCGGUGUUUGUGAGACUGGUAAAAUUUAUCAAUUAGGUGGUACAAGAACAAACAAAGGAUUGAAAUUAAGACAUGGUGCUCAGGAACGUGUAUUUAGAUUAGAAUUCGUAUCGAAUCAAGAAUUCACAGAAUCUGAAUUCUUUAAAUGGAAAGAGACAUGUGCUUUGCAAGGGAUAUCAAUGCCUACAUUCGAUGAAGUAGAACAAAAAUUGAAGGACAUUAAGGAGGCCUUAGUAUACGAAUUCAAAGAAGAGGAUAUUGAGAAAAUAGUAAGAGAAAAAGAAAGAUUUAAACAAACUCCAUAUAAUUAUGCGAUGAAAAAAGCACAAUUAAUGCGAGAAAGAGAUGCAGCCAAUUGUAGAGGAGACGAUGAAACUGCAAGUCGUCUUAAUCAAGAAUUGAGCGAACUAGAAGAACGUGCUUCUGAACUUGAUAAAAUGCGAACAGCAACAAUAUCAAGUAUCUCGUACAUAAAUGACCGUAAUAGGAAAAAGAAUGUUGAAGAAGCAGAAAAGGCUAUUAUGGAAGAAAUAAAAGCUAAUAAGGGGAAGAAAGUAGACGAUCCAUUCACUAGACGUAGUACGAAACCGAGAAUGGUUUAUAAACCUGACGAUGAGGAUACACCUUCUGCGACUGGAGCAAAUGAAAAGUCAGGUUCUCAACAAAUUGGUGACUCUAUUUCAAUUGGAAAUGAAAAAGAAAAUGGUCAAGAAGUAAAGAAAAAACAAAGUACUGAAGAUUUAUUCAAUGCUCAUGAUUUUGAUAUCACAAUAGAUUUAGAAGUACCAAUCCCAAAUAAUCCCGUUAGCGUUUUACCCAAACCUGUCAGUAAUAUCAAGGAUACAGGACCUCGUCGUUCCUUAAAUUUAGAAGAUUAUAAGAAGAAACGUGGACUUAUCUAACAGUUUAUUUACCUUAGACUGAAUAAUGCUGAAAUUAAUUUAUCAACGUUAUGUUAUAAUAACCGAUAUAAAUAUCUUAGCUAUUUUUGUCACUAUUGAAAGAAGGACAAAAUUAUAGUAUUGCUAGCUGCUCAUCAUAAUGAUUAUUAUCUUUUUAAAUGAUUAUUAUAGAGAGAGAUCAUAUUGCUAUUAUUGAGAGAAAGAUUUCUUAGUAAACAUGAAGAGAGGUUGUCGGUAUUAUUAUAAGAAUACUUUUCUUGAAUAAUAAGCUUAUAAGUACUUAAAAAAAAAAAAAAGAAAAAAAAAAGAAAAGAAAAAAAAAAGAAAAAAAAAAUAGAAAAAAAAAAGAAAAGAAAAAAAAAAUGGUACAUAGCAUUACCAUUUGGAUGUUGGAAGAAAUUCUUAGUUCCACUUUUUCUUUUUUAAAUUUCAUCAUAAAUUUAGAAAAAUUUUAGCUCAUAUAUACACACACACACACACACACACACAGUCAUUUCUAUAACUAGACGAUAAAUUAAAAUGAAAUAAAUUAAAUUAAAAGGAAAAAAGUGGCAAGAUAUUUUAUAAUAAAGAUAUAUAGGAUCGCGUGUCCUAAUAUUUUUCUUGUAAGUACUCAUGCGUAUACUUCGCUACUAAUUAAUUAUGUAUUUCAUAUUCAUAUAUAAUUUCCCUCUCUUUCUUUCUCUCUCUCUCUCUCUCUCUCUCUCUCUCUCUCUCUCUCUCUCUCUCUCUCUCUCUCUCUCUCUCUCUCUCUAUCUCUCAAUCAUGAAAUUUUUAUAUUAUUCAUAAUAGAAUUUGUAAUUAUUCCACUACGAGAUACUACAUAUGAAACUUUAGUAUAAAUAGCUAUUAAAUUUAAUAGUUCUACCAUGCUAUCAAUUAUAUAAUCUUCCAAUGAAGAUAUUGUAUAAUUCUAGUAGUUAUCUUUAUUGUUUUUUUUUGUGGUAUUGAUAUUAUAUCGAUGUUAUUAACGUUAAUAAUUGAUGAAAAGAUUAAAAAAUGACAUAUUUUUUAAAAAAUUUUGUAAAUAAGUUUUUAACAUAAAUUUUUAUUCGAAAUAUUAUGCCAUCUUGACAAUUUUAUGAAUAGCAAUGGUAACAAUUUAAGUUUUUCUUUACUUUUUCUUUCUUUUUUCUUUCUUUCUUUUUUUUUUUUUUUGUUUUUUUUUUUUUUCGUUUUUUUUUUUUUUUUAAGUGUUAUGAAAUGCUUAAGAUAAUCACGAUUGGUGAAAUACAGUAAUAAUCGAAAAUUUAUGCUAUUAGGAAUUACUUAUAAAAAAAAAAUUGUAUUAUUGAAGAAAAUUAUUUUUAUCUACAUUAUCUACAUACAAAAAUAUAAUGAUUAAUAUCUUUUUAAUAUGUAACUAUAUUCAAAGGAACAUGGUAUCUUUAAUAAAGAAAAAUUCUCAUAUCUUCAAUUAAAGUUUUGUACCUCGUCGAAAUAUGACUAUACCAGUACUGAAUGCUAUUAAUGAACUUUGUAAAUAUCUUGGAAAUGACAGAAGUUUUAUAAUUAUUUAAACGUUUCCAAACUAUAUUUCAUGAAUUAAAAUGAAAUAGUUUCUCUAUGUGAUCAUUAAAAUACAUGACACAUUGCAAAUGCGUAUCAAUUUAAGAAUUAUGAUAUUGUAUUAUUACAAAUAUCAAAUGUAAUUGAUUUAUUGUAAAAAAAAAAAAAAAGAAAAAAACUAUCUAUAAAAAUAUUCACUUUUGUAUAUGUAUAGACAUACGCAACUAUAUAUGUGCAUAUAUAAUCAAUGGCUGUGUAAUUAAUUCUUUAACUGUUAGUAGCAUGUGUAUGUGAUUGAACUCUGUUUUUAUUUCUUUUGUUAUUUUUAUGAUAACAAAUAGUACUCGAAACAAAGUUAGUAAAGAUCAAAAUUGAUAUACAGAAAAGUAAACAUUCUCUAAGAACGUUUUGAAUAACUAUGUUAAGUUUUGAACACAACAUGGUAUUGAAAAAUAAAAAAAUAAUAAUUAUAUUCAUACAGUUAAAGGAUUAACAUUAUAUAGACAAAUUUUUAGGAACAUUACUUAUUGCUUUUGAAGGAGUGAUUUCUUAUUUGUAUAAUUUUUGUAGGGAGCAAAAAAAAUUCAUAUACAUAUAUAUACGAAUGAAUAUUUGACGAUUAUCAAAUAUAAUUUUGUAAAUAUAUAUACAUAUAUAUAUAUAUAUAUAUAUAUAUAUAUAUAUAUAUAUAUACAUAAAUAUUUGUAGAGAGAAAAAGAUCGCAGAAAAGCGAUUAGAAGAUCUUGAAUACUUCUUUAAAAUAUACUCCAGAAUAUGAUGCUAUAUACACAAUACUGUAAAAUAAAUCUAAGUUAUAGAUCCGUUAGAAAGAUAUGAUCUAAUUGUUCAUAAAAUCUUACAUUUAAGUAAUAACUUUAAGUAUUAAAAUUUAAAGGAUUUGCAAUUUGCCAUUGCAAUUUACUCUUAUACAAUUUAAAGAAAUCUUUGUAGACUCUUCGAUUAUCUAUAUGUUUAUUAUUUUAUUUAGAUAUGUGAUAUAUUUGUUACAAGGCAUGUUAUUCAAAUUUAUGUAACUGUUUUAACAUAAUUAAUAAUCGAUGAUUUUUCAUUUGGAUUGUAAAAUACUGUUCGACUUUAUAAUCAUACUAUUAAGUAUCAUUAUCGAUAAUCUCUAUAAAAUUGGCGUCAGUAUUAUAUUAAUAUAAUCCAAAAGAAAAACACCAUAUAAAUAUUACUUGUUCAUCCUUUAUUUGCCAAAAUAAUAAUAGUACUAAUAAAAAUAAUCAAAAUUGCCAUUAUAAUACAUAUAAUAAAAAAUUUUGUUACAGAGGCUUCUUUAGGAGAAACGAGAAGUUCAUAUUUCGCGGUAUCUACUUUCCCGCGUAAAUGCGCGCGCAAAGAUGGCGGUAACCUGCGCAGUCGAGAAGAUGCGAUAGAGUCGUGCGUACGGGUCGUUUGCACGGCGCUGCCCAUAUAAGUGAUCAUGAGGGACGAACGACAAAAACCACAAUGAAGUUGGUCACAAUGGAGGAAAAAAGGGCGCGCAUUAGUUGCUAUAUAAAAACUUGUUUCUCCGAACGAAUUUCAUGGUCGCGAAAUGUGUAUUUAUUUUCUUAUAUAUUACUUGGAAUGAAUGACGUGACAAUGAACUAGAAAAGUUGAAUAGAGGGAAGGAAAAAUUCGUCUACGACACCACCGUAUAUAAGGAGAAUUAUUAUCGGCAGAAAGGAACAACCAAUGUCAUCGAAUUCCUGAAGACGUUCGUCAGAGAAGAAGUUUCGAAUAAAAUAUAAACGUAGAAUUAAACUUCGAAUAUUAUCGAAUUUAUUUGUUCAAAAAUAUGAUAUCUUAAAUAUAUAAACGAACAAACAAAUAACGUAAUAUAUCUAUAAAUAUAUACAUAUACAUAUGUACAUAUGUAUGUACAUCAUAUAUAUGUACAUACAUAUGGAGAAUGUAACGUAUAAAGGAGAAUAGUACGCGGGCGCGUAGUCAAGACAACGUUAGUCAAAAUCAUUCCCGUCGAUGCCUUUUGAGGAUCAAUAAGUUAGUUUCUUUGAUUUAAAGAACCGAUAUAUAGUAAUAUCUAUCUUUGCAUUGCAAUGUCAGACUUGGUUGCUGCUUGCUUGUGGCCCGAGGAAACAAUGCAAGCUUUUAUUGUCUCUCUCUUUCUCUCUCUGUUUAGUACGUCGCUGUGACUCAUUGCUAUACUAAAUGACACACGUUAGCAGUCGAGAGAGAGAGAGAGAGUGAGAGAUAGAGAUAGUGACAGAGAUACUCAACGUCGAUGAAACGCCAACGUUUAUUCCAGAAUAAACUCCAAUUUUUCUUUUCUUUUUUUUUUUUUUUUUUUUAACAGUUAUCGUUAAAUUAAAUCAAGAUAAAAUUAGAAUAAAAUAAAAGGAAGCGGUGCGCUCAGGAUGGAUAUCGACACCAACAGGCGUCAGGAGUAACCGUGGCGGACGUCUGCAAGACGACGUACGAAGAAAUAAAGAAGGACAAAAAGCACCGAUACGUGAUCUUUUACAUCAAA